AUGAGUGGAACCAAUAGUUGGUUAAACAAUAAUAACAAUAAUAGUAAUACAACAUUAACAAAUACAAAUACUAUUGGAGGUACAAAUUUUGGUAUAAAUCAAUUUGAUGGUGAUGAUUGGGAUAAUAUUUUUGAUGGUAAUAAUGGUGAUGGUGAUGGUGAUUUAGAUGGUGAUAGUUAUAAAAGUUAUCAAAAUCCAUACUCUUAUCGUGAUUGUAUAAUAUUUUUAAUAGAUGCAUCAAAAGCAAUGUUUGAACCAAAUGAAAAUAAUGAAAUCCCAUUUCAUAAUGCAGUAAAAUGUUUAAUUCAAACAAUUACUGAUAAAAUUAUUACAAGUGAUAGUGAUUUAAUUGGUGUUUGUUUUUAUAAUACAAAUAAAAAAAAAAAUAUAAAUGAUUUUGAAAAUAUAUAUGUAUUAUCAGAUUUAGAUAUACCAGAUCCAAAGAUAAUAUUAACAUUAGAAGAAAUGUUAGAGAAUUCAAAUUUCACUACGAAUGGAUUGGGUAAUUGUCAAGGUGAAAUGCCAUUUUGUGAUGCAUUAUGGACAUGUUCAACCAUGUUUAGUAAUAUCAAACAAUCUGGAUCAUCAUCAGGUGAGAAUUCAAAUAAUAAUAAUUUCAAAAGAAUUUUCUUAUUCACAAAUGAAGACAAUCCGAAUGCAUACAAUGAUAGUAUUAGAAAUUCAUCGAUUCAACGUUCAAAAGAUUUAUCAGAUUUAAAUAUUCAAAUUGAAUUAUUCUCAAUGAAUAAAUCUGUGAAUGAUAAAUUCGAUUUCUCUUUAUUCUAUCAACAUAUUCUAAUAUUUGCAGAUGAAGAGAAUUAUUUAGAUCCAACUCAAUUUGAUGCAAGUUCCAAAUUCUCUGAUUUAAGAUUUAAAUUAAAAAGAAAAGAAUUUAAAAAAAGAUCAUUAGGUAAAUUACCAUUAUAUAUUGGUAAUUUAAAUAAUAAUAAUAAUAAUAGCAAUAGUUUAGAUAGUCAAGUUAUUAUAUCAACUCAACUUUAUAAUUUAUUUUCACAUGCUCAUAAAUCAUCACCAACAUUAUUAGAUCCAAAAACAAAUUUACCAGUUAAACAAUUGAUAAAGAAUGUUUGUGCAAACACUCAAGCUACUUUAUUACCAUCACAAAUUAAACUUUGUUAUCAUUAUGGUGGUGAACCUGUUAUAUUUACCAAAGAUGAGAUGCAAACAAUUAAAUCUAUCGAUAGAAUUGGUUUCACUUUGUUAGGUUUUAAACCAUUGGAAAACAUUAAACCCUAUCAUUCAAUCAAACAUUCACAAUUCAUUUUCCCUGAUGAUCAAUCAAUUAAAGGUUCGGUUUUAGCAUUCAAUGCUUUGGUUGAACAAAUGUUAAAAUCUGGUAAAGCUGCAAUUUGUCGUUUCACUCCACGUUCAUCUUCUUCACCUCGUAUGGUUGCUUUAAUACCACAAGAAGAGAUUUUACAAUCUGAAUCUGAAUUUAAUAAUCAACAAUUAUUAAAUUCAUUAUCAUCACAACAACAACAACAACAAUCUUCUCAACAAUCUUCUUCUUCCCAACAACAACAACAACAACAACAACAACAACAACAACAACAACAACAACAACAACAACAACAACUUCCUUCUUCAUCUCAACAAUCAAAUAAUAAUAGGAAAAUUCAAAUUAGACCAAGAGGUAUGCAUGUUAUUUAUUUACCAUUUGCAGAUGAUAUUAGAUAUCCAAAUAAUAUUGGUGUUAAAAGUGAUGGAUUAGAGAUUAAACAAGAAAAUAUUGAUAAAGCAAAGAAUAUUAUUAAAAUGAUGAAAAUUAAAUUUGAUGAAAAGAAAUUUGUAAAUCCUGGACUUCAAAAACAUUAUGCUUCUUUACAAGCUAUUGCAUUGGAAAGAGAUAAAGUUGAAGAAACUGUUGAUAAUAUUCAACCAGAUAGAAAAUUAAUUGAAAAGGUUAUUGAUACCACUCAAGAUUUUAGUGAUGGUAUAUUCCCAGUUGGUUAUGCUUCGACUGUUUCCUCGGCAACUUCUUCUACCUCAUCCUCUUCUGCAAAACGUUUAAGAGACGGUAAAGAUUUAUCUACAAUGGAUUGGCCUGAUAUGGUAAAGAGUGGUGAAAUCAUUAAAUUGACAGUAGACGAUUUAAAAUCAUUUUUAUCAAAUCAAAAUAUUAAACCAAGUUCAAAAGCAAAAAAAGCAGAUUUAAUAGAUUUAAUCUCAAAUUUAAUUUCUGGUGGUAAUUUUAAACCAGAUAAAUUACAUCUUUUGAAAAAGGAUUCACCUCCUUUAUCUGAUAAUACAAUAACAACAAAUGGUGGUGAUGACGAUGAUAAUAAUAGACCAUCUAAAAAAGUUAAAUCAACUUCAACCUCAACUACUGCCUCCAAAAAUACCUCUUCUUCUUCUCCACCUCUUGUUUCUGCUGCAACAAUGAAUAAAAAAGCUCCUCCAAAGAAAAGUUUUUCAGUAAAAGAUAAAAAUAGUAGUAAUAAUAGUAGUGGUGGUAGUAGUAAAGCAAAUGUUAAUGACGAAUUUGAUAUCGAUUUUAAAAAUAGUGAUCAAGAUGAUGAUACAGAUAACGAAUCCGAUGUAAAUAAUAAAGCCACCACUUCAACCACUACAAUAACUACUACAACAGCAGCCCCAAAGAAAAACAACUUUGUCAAUAAUGGUAUGUUUGAUACUAGGGAAUUAUGUAAAUAUGGUAAAAACUGCUAUCGUACAAAUAAACAACAUCUUGAUGAAUAUAGACAUCAAUAA